CCAAUCUCCUCCAUAAAUCACACAAUCACGCUCCAUCUCUCCCACCAACGGCUCUCGCACUCUACCACAAUUCAAAUUCUGCAAUGGAUCUCGAAGCUGCUGCAACCUCCAACGUUCUGAAAUCUAAUCGCUGCUCGAAUCCAGGAAAUGUUCGAAUCAUCGGGAAAAUUAGAGGUUUAACACACAGGGAAUCUGAAUCCCUAAACCAAGACUCGAAGCCAUGGAUAAUUGUCAAAAAUCCGGAAGAGAACGGCUCGUCUCAAAAGUGUAAAGUCUAUUUUGAGACUCAAUCUACCAAAAGGGAUGGUUAUGAGCUGGAUUAUUGCUAUGAACAACUUGAAGAAAUUGAUAGAAUAUAUUCAAGGGAGAUACAACCUCUUGUGCGAGAACUUUUUGAGGGUCGAAAUGCAUCUGUCAUUGCUCUGGGAGCUAAAGGAAGUGGCAAAACUUUCACCAUCCAGGGAUCUCAAGAGAAACCUGGUUUAGCAGUGAUGGCAAUGUUUGACAUCCUUGCAAAGGCAAAAGAGACAGGAAAGUCAGUUUCCAUAUCUCUUUAUGAAUUAACGCAAGAAAAUGUGAAGGAUCUCUUGAACCCCGACCAUCCUGCUAUCAAAGUACUGGAUGAUGCUCAUGGCAAAGUCAAUAUUAUAGGACUUUCUAAGGUUCCUGUAAAUUCUAUUACAGAAUUUCAGAAUAUGUACAUUAGUCAGGUCUGUUCACAGAAUACUCAGAAAGUAGUAACUGAUCAGUCACACCAGAAGGGCUUGAUGGUGCACAUAUCGUCAGAUGACUGCAAAAUGAAAGUCAAGCUGGCCAACAAGAUUAAUUUUGUUGACCUAGCAGGCUAUGAAGAUCUCAGAAAAAAUAGCAGACAAGGGACUGCACCUGUUGAUAGUAAUAGGAAAAAUAAGUCACUUUAUGCGUUACUGAAUGUUAUUAGUGCUAUCAGUGCCAAUGAAACACGGGUGCCAUAUCGCGAAAGUAAACUCACUCGGAUUUUACAAGACUCCCUUUGUGGAGGAAAUCGUGUUUUACUGCUCACUUGCUUGAACCCUUUCUUUUGUCAAGACUCUCUUAGCUCCAUAAAUUUAAUAUCUCGUCGUCAAAGCAUCAAGCAAGUGUUGACAGACUCAACCAAUAGAAGUCAGACCCCAGCAAAAGUGAAAAAACUUUCAUCAUUUCAAAGUGGGAAGACAAUAUCAGCUUCUGUAAGUGCAAAGAAGACGUUUGGACAUAGUCAGCUCCAUUGUGCAGCAAAGGAUAGUCGCAACUUGAAGGGAAGGAAGCUCUUUGAUGAAAGGAAGAAGGUCAACUCGCAGUUAAGAUGCCAAUCUGAAGAUACUUCAUGCCACAAGUCCAAAAUUCCACCAAACCAUGCUUUGGCUGUUGCACCGUUUUCAUUAGAAGAGGCUACACAAGACACAUUAAUUUCAGAAUGUAGUUCAUUUGUGGAGCAUAUUAUAGAUUCAAAUUCAAAUUCUGAUCCAAAGUUGGAGGGUAACACUAGUGCCACCACUGAUGAUCUAGCUAUCUUGAUGAAAACGGAUAGUAAGGUAUCUGGGCUUGAAGAAACUCUUGACAACAUAUCAGAUUUAAAAGUUCAUACACAGUCUGAAUCAGCUAUCGCAUGCAAUGAAACAAAAUAUUUAUAUACAAAGGGCGAUGGAUCCCCACCACUCAGUGAAAGAAUUAGAGAAAUAUGUAACAACCUAAAGUCUCUAUGUGAACCAACUCCAUUGUCUAUUAAGAUGCCAGAUGAGAUAGCCACACCUUGUAACAAUGAAGAGAACUAUAAUGAUAAUCAAGAACCAAAGACUCCGGCAAUGGAUUGUACAAGUGCAAGAUAUUGUACACCACAGGGUAUUUUUGACAGCUGCAGUUCUAAACUAAAGAAUUCUAUUGUCCACGAGUACCUUAACUUUUUGAAUUCUGCCAACAAGGAAGAAUUAAAGAGCUUGAAGGGUAUUGGAGAGAAGAGAGCUACAUACAUUAUGGAAAUGCGCGAAGAAUCUCCUGAACCAUUUAAAAGUCUCGAUGAUUUGCAAGAUAUCGGCCUUUCAGCAAAACAGAUAAAAGGCAUGAUGAAACAAGUUGCUGGAGGUCUUUUCUGAUUCCUUAAUUUUUUAAUUUCGGUGUUAGAGGAAGAAACUGCUUUGGAUGAAAAUUUAAGAGACAGUUUGCGUGUGAUGCUGAUGUAUAUGAAACAACAUCUAUUAUUGUAACAUGUUUACAAGUCUCCCAUAUAUAUAUAUGCUCCCUCCGUACUAAAA